GAUGACCAUAGACACGGCACUCCAAAACACACUCGCCGACUGAUAACAUUUGAUUAGCGAGGUUGAAAUUGGAUAUUGUAGUUGCUUUGCUAGUAAUUAAUCAAAUUUUCGGUGAAAUGUGGUAAAAAAAAACUAUGGAAAAAAUACAUAAAUAAAUUAAACGAAUGUGAUACAUACACACACAGAAAAUUAAUAACAAAUCUAAGAAGGAAAGAAAAAAAAUGUUAUUAAGUGAAGAUACCAACUUACCUUAAAUGACGCAAUCAAAAUAAGAAAGUGUAACCCAAGCAGUACCAAACCAAUAAAAUUUUCAAGUCUACAAAUGGAUAUUUGAAAAUUGUUAUAACAAAAGUGCUCAGAAAAUUUCAAAAUUGUGUGAGAAAUAUCAAGCAAAAGGCAAAUUUAAUAGAUACACAAAAGUUUGGAAAGUGAAAGAAUUUCAAGAUAAAUAUUUAUUUGAAGCAAGAGCUGAAAAUACCAAAAAAUUUACAAUUUUAAAAGCAGUUAAAAUUGCCCCAAAUUUACAGUGGAAUAAUUACAAAAAAAUAUAUUCUAUAAUUAUAAAAAAGACAUAAUUAAUUUCAAUAAACUAUGAAAAAUCUAUUGUAUAUGUAAAAAAUGUAUUAAGAAUUAUUAAAAAAAAAAACAAAAAAAAAAUCUAAGUAUAAAUAAAAAAGCUACAGAGCAGUGAAUUUCAUAUAUAGAAAACAUAAUUAGAAUUAAAAAAUAUAUACAUGAAAUUUUUAAUAAUCAUAAGCAAAAAUUAAGUGGAAAUUAAAAAAUAAAAAUAUUGAAUUGUAUGAAAUUUAAUGUUUUUAAUAAAAAAAAAAAACAAAUUACACAUUUUAACUAAUAGAUAAAGAAAACAAGAAAUUUUUCUCAUACAAAUCAAGUUUGAUACAGUGAAUAUUAGCUAAAACUAAUACAAAAAAAGACAAACUACAAAACAAUCUCGAAUUUCUUACAAAUAAAUUUUGAAAAAAUAUUUUUUCCAACAAAAGUGUUUAAAAGCAGUUCUUCUAUAAAAAUAUUGAAAAAAUAAAUAAAUUCAUUGCAAAAAGCAGCAAAAAGUGUAUAAUAAAAAGUAUUCAGUGCAAAGAAAUUAAAGAAAAAGUUAAAAAAAACACGCGCGCAGUGUUAAUUCAGUGAAAAAAGCGAAUUCAUAAUUUCAUUAAGCGUAAAUUGUUUGCAAAAUAAUCAUAAUAAUAAUCAAAUCAUAUUACGCGCCAGUUCCGGUGUUUUUCUUUCAUUCAUCAGCAUUAUAUUAACAGCAGCAGCAACAGUAAUCAGCUAAAACACUCAAGAUGCUUUUCGAGAAUCCCGCAUUAGCCGCCAAAUUGCCAUUCCCGUACAAUGUGCCACCACCAUUACAGGCGGCCGCCGCAGCAGCAGCCGUUCCAAAUUUAAGGUUUCAGACACCAAUUAAAGCCUUCACCUGCCUGACCACAGCAAGCAAUCCCAUUGAUAAUGCUGCUGCAGCUGCAGCCGCAGCCGCUGCUGGACUCAUCGAUCAACAACACCGUGACCUACACAAUGUGCUGGUCAAUGCUGCGGCUGUAAAUGGUACAUUGACCAAUACAGCAGCUGCGGUGCUAAAGAGUCAAUCGGCUCAGCAACAACAACAAAAUAGCGCUGCUCAACAGACUGCUCAAGCACAAGCCGUAGUAGCAGCAGCAGCCGCAGCACAGGCGCAACAACAGACACAGCAAAAUACUGCAAAUAAUAAUGCUUCCGCACAACAACAACAACAGCAGCAGCAACAACAACAGGCGCAACAAAACACCAUGGUGCUGUUGAAUGGUAAUACUGGAGCAGUUGCUGGUGGUAAUAAUGGUACUGCCAAUGGUUCUGUAAAUAAAGGCAGUUCAUCUGGUAGAUCGACGCCAGUAAAUGGUAGUGCCACGACAGAUCCAGCACCAGGCAAACUUUUCGUUGGCGGUCUCAGCUGGCAAACAUCAUCGGAAAAACUAAAGGAAUACUUUGGCGUAUUCGGCACUGUCACCGAUGUACUAAUCAUGAAGGAUCCCGUGACACAGCGUAGUCGCGGCUUUGGUUUCAUAACAUUCCAAGAGCCCUGUAGCGUUGACAAAGUACUACAGGUGCCCAUACACACAUUGGACGGCAAGAAGAUCGACCCGAAGCAUGCCACACCCAAGAAUCGACCACGUCAAGCUAAUAAGACAAAGAAGAUAUUCGUUGGCGGUGUCUCACAGGACACCUCAGCCGAUGAGGUGAAAGCCUAUUUCAAUCAAUUCGGCACUGUGGAGGAAACCGUUAUGCUGAUGGAUCAACAGACGAAACGUCAUCGCGGUUUCGGUUUUGUCACAUUCGAGAAUGAGGACGUUGUGGAUCGUGUUUGUGAGAUACACUUUCACACUAUUAAAAAUAAGAAGGUCGAAUGCAAGAAAGCACAACCCAAGGAGGCUGUCACACCGGCUGCAGCACAACUGUUGCAGAAACGUAUAAUGCUGAGCACACUGGGUGUGCCUUUGCCGACUGCACCGGGUCAGUUGAUUGGUGCACGCGCCGGCGUCACCACAAUGGGUUCAUUAGCCAUGUUGCAGGGCCCAUCACCGCUACAAUUGCAUGCUGCUAAUGGCGCUGCAGCCGCCGCUGCACAACAGGCAGCGCUCAUCUCGCAGUCACCCUUCCAAGUACAAAAUGCCGCCGCCGCUGCGGUCGCAGCCAAUCCAGCUAGUUUUGGCAAAUUGCUUACCACAUAUCCACAGGCCUUGCACAGCGUCAGAUAUGCACCAUAUCCCAUACCGACGAGUGCUGCUGCCGCCAACGCCUUGGUACAGGCCCAACAGCAACAUGUUGCGGCACAACAGCAACAACAAGCGAAUGCUGCUGCCGCAGCUCAACAGCAACAUACUGCCCAUGCUGCCGCCGCUGCUGCAGUACAGCAACACAACGCGGCCAAUACACAAGGCGUCGCUGCACAGAGCGCACACAAUGCGCUCACCGUUACCGGCCCCGGUGGCGCAGCGAAUGCGCAUGGAGCACAGGCAUCACAUCAUACGCUCGCCGCGGCCGCUGCUCAACAGGCCGCCUUAGUUGCCGGCAAUCCAUUGAAUGCGGCUGCAGCCAAUCCAUAUCAGAGCUAUGCGCUAACCAAUGUGGACAUGUCCAGCUUUCAGGGUGUGGACUGGAGUCAAAUGUACGGCAUGGGCAUGUACGUCUAAAGCGUAACACAUUCGACACAUUUGGUUUCAUUUAAGCAUUCGAAUUGUGCGUUUUUUAUUUGUUUGUUUGUUUUGUUUUUCACCAAGCAAUGGAGUGUGCUGAAGUAAAAUAAAAAAUACUCUAUAUUGAAGCAGAAGAAAAAGCAAAUAUAUUUAUAGUUAUAGAAAGAAAAUCCAAUGUCAUGCUCACUAAUGCUGUCGCGCCACAAAUACAUUUGUUUAAAACGCACGCCGUAAAUUGUAUGUGUGUGUGCGUUGCAACAUUAUUUGUGAUAACCGCUGCAUUGUUGUUUAUGUGGCAUGCGUGAGUUAUGAAUUUGUUAAUUAAUUUAUUGAGACGCUGACCACAACCAUUAUAAUACAUUUUAAGUUCUCAAUAACAACUUGAAUUAUAUUUAAACGAAAUGAAAAAAAAGAGAAGUGAAUAAAGAACACUAUAAAAGUGUAUAAAUUGCUUAUUAUUAUUAUCUUUAUAAUUAUAUAAUAUAUGAAUUUAUUUAACACUUGAGCAGACAAGUUAUGUGUGCGCUUUUUGGCUAGUUGUUUAGCGUAAGCCAACAUAAAACAAAAAAAGAGUUCUACAAUAUUUUGGCAAGCGAAAUUGCUUUAUGCCAAUAAAGAAGGGUCUGUUGUUGUGUAAUAAAGGUAACAACAACUCAUAAAUUGCAACAAUUCUCGUGUUGUAUACAUUACUUGCAAGCAUCUUAUUUAAUUACUUGAAAAAAGACAAACUCUAGAGUGUGUAAAGGCGCUAAGCAGCCAGACAGCUGCAGUGCUAUGCGCAUAAAGAUUAAAAUAAAAUUAAAAAUUAAUGAAAAUACACAUGUACUUAGCUUUAAGUGACUCAAAGCAGAAUUACGGACAAGCGCAAACAACAAUUUACGAUUUGCGCGCGCAUUGCGCUGAAAAUUCAUUUGUCAAUUUCAAAACUAAACUAAAUGAUAUAUGCAAAAUUGUGUAUUUGUUAUUGUUAAACAAAUGCCGCUCUUAAGUAUUAUUACAACAAAAAAAAAAUUAAAAGAAAAACAAAAUUUGUGUGCGCAGCAAUUUGUGUAGCGCCAAAAUAACAAAAGCGCAUGUACCCAGGCAAAAAAAAAUUAUAACAAUUAAAAAAUGUUGAAAAAUUGAUACAUAUAUUUAAUUUUAAGCAUAUAAGAAGAAGCAGAGCAUUAAAAGAAGUAGCAAAAAAAAAAAACAAGAAGAAAAGAAACAACAAAAAACGCUAGCAGUAAUAUAACUACAAAUGUUAUAACUUAUAACAUGCAGUUGCAGGCAAUGUUAUUAAAAACAAAAAACAAAAAGAUAUUAUCAUUAAAGCAAAGUAUAUAUAAAUUGUACUAAUCUAAUCAUAAACCAUAUAACAUUAAUAUUGCAUAUAACAAUAAUUAUAUAAAAUAAUGAGAAUUAGAAUUUUAAACCACCGACUUGAUUGCGUUUAAUUUAGAUAAACAUGACAACAACAACAAAACAAAAAGAAAAAUACAUACUACAUAUACAUACAUACUAUAAUUAUAUACAUGCCAAUUACAUACAUACAUACAUACCUACAUGGCCUACAAGUAGUUUUACAUAAAAAACGCAUGCUUAGUUACAUACAUACAUAUAUAUGUAUAAUAGUAUAUAGUGUGCCGCAAACUGCAUUGUGGCGUAAUUAGUGUAGUUGUGAGAAAUUUUCUAACAAAAAACAUAAAUUUUAGCGUUAAAUGCAGAGUUCAUAUGUGAGUUCAACAGAUUUAAUUUUUCAAUACUGAAAGCGAUUGUUUGUUUGAUUUUCGAAAGCGAUCAGCAAACAAAAUGAACUCCACCUAAAGUGGUGAAAUUGCUGGAAUUGCAGUGUAAAGAAAAAACCAACACUGUUGUUUUGUUGGAUAUUAUAAAGUCUGGAAACAGCCCUUGAAAGCGCUUUUAUUUAUGAAUUUGAUAUUGUUUAUUUGCCUAAAAUCAAAUACAAAUACAAAAGAACAAGCUAUUUAGCUUAAAAAAAGAAUUUGCAUUGCAACCUUACUACUUCCUACAAAAUUAUUGCAACAAAAAAUUUCGUGAGACCUCACUUCAUUUUGCCACAUACGUUGCUUACAAAUUACUUUCAAACAUGGCUUAAAUACAUAUAUAUUAAGCUACAGUGUACUUUAAUUUUAUAUAUAAAAUAUUUAAACCAUAAACACUGCAUUGCUACCAUUUCCAUACUAGAAAUUUGUAUUGAAUUUCGUUUUUGGUUUUCCUUUAGUAAUAAUAUUUUUUUAACAACAAAAAAAAAAAUUAGUUUAGUAAAUAUACUUAUAUACAUAUGUAUGAAGUGCAUAAAUAUUGUAAUUGCUUGCCCACAACUAUUAUUUGAAUUUAUUAUAAAAAAAAUAUAAAAAUAAUUUAUAUAACAUUAGUGUUUAACUGUACAUUGUAAUGUUAUUAAAUGCAUAUACAUAAAUAUUAGCAAUUAAUGACAGCAGUAAAAACUGCGUGCGUAUAUAUUUUAAAUUUCAACGAAGCAUUAGUGUAUUUAUUUUGAUUUAUAUUGAAUUUUCUUUGUGUAUUAUUUAGUUUUUGUUUCAGAAAUUUUAUUAAUUUAAUUAUUAUUUUAUUUUUUAUAAAAAAACAAUUGUUUGGCACUUCUGUAGUACAGUUUGCAUUAUUACUACUAGUAUUUUUAUUUAAAAAUUUUAAAAUAUUUUUGGUUUUAUAUUUCAUAUUUCCUUUGCUGAUUUUUUAAUAUUUUAAAUUUUGAUUUUGCUUUGCCACUGAAACACUUAUAGUACUUAACACUUGAAAGGCUACAAAAGAUGUCUAGUGAAAAUGUUAAAUUAAAAAAUAUUGUUUGAAACGAAAGUGUAUAAUUUUUUUUUAAUUACCAAAAAUUAUUAAAAAAAUCAAAAAAUUUUAAAUAAGUUUAUAACUAAUUAUACUCAUUUGUGAACAACGUUUUGCUUUUAUUUAACAUUUUUACUUGCACACGAAGUCUAACGUAAUAUUUAUAUAUAUAUUUUUUUAAUAUUCAAGCGGAAUUCACACUGCAUAUACUUAGCGCAUUAGUACAACUUAUGCAUUUUAUGUAAGCACAGGUAUUUAAUAUAAUUUUCUUUUAUAUUAUAUUGUUCAUAAGCGAAUUGAAUAAUUUUUACUAAAAAAAUAUAUUUUAUAUCAAAGAAAAAAAAAAAAUAGUGCGUAUAAAUAUUUCUUUGAACAUUAUUAUUAUAAUUAAUUUGUUUUGUUAAACAACAAAAAAAUAAUCUAAUUUUACGUUAGCUAGUAGCAACAUACACUUAAUUGCAUACAUAUGUAAUCACAUCAACAUACAUUGAAAUCACUCAUAAGUAAUAGUAUAUAUAGCAUAGAAAUGUAGUAAUUACGUUAUGUAAUAUUUUAAUUGUCAUAAUUUGCCAGAAUGUACAAAUAUUCUUUGACAUUUCAGCAGCAGAAAGUAUUACUAGCUUAAUCUUGCGCCUGCGCACGCAUACUGAGGUUAGUUCUGUAACGUAAAAUGUACAACUUCAUACGCAUACACAUACACAUUAAAGGUAUAUGAUGUUGGUUUUUUCAUUUUCAUUUUCAAAAUAUUUACUAUAUACUCUUCAAUUGCGAAUUUUAAGAAUUAAAAAAUAAAAGUUUAUUUAUAAAAUUAUAAAAAAAUGUAUUGAAUAAAAAUUUGUAUCAAAAAAAAAAAAUUAAUGAAAAUUAAAAAAUUAAAAUUUACAAAAUUUAAAAAAAAAUUUAAUUUUGAAUUUUCAAAAGCAUUUAAGCAGAGUUUUUUGAAAUGAAAAAACUACAUCAUUAUAUUUGAUAAGUUUAUUCUGCUCCAUUUAAAACUGUAAUUUCUUCUCUCAAUUCCUAUUUGUUUAUGUUUUUGUUUUUGUUUUUAUUUGCACUAGUUUCUUUUAUAUUUUGCUUAAAUUAUAUAAUUUCUUUAUAUUUUUUUUUUUUAAUUUUUGCAGAAAUAUUUUAUUUUGAAAUUUUGUUUUUUUUUUUAUUUUUUUGCUCUGUAGGUGAUGGUGUUGAACAAAUUAUUCUUUGGAAAGCUGCAUGUAAAUUGGCUGACUUUUCAGAAAAAUAUUUUUUAUGCAAACGUAAUCUUUAUUUAAAAAUUAACACAAUGUUUAGUAAAACAUUUUUUCCGAAAAUCUUUUUGCACUUACGAAUUACUAAAGAUUAGAAAUAUUCUAAAUAAAAGUUGUUACUAAAAAUGUUAGUUUCAUUUCAAAAUUGCAUUGAAAAUAAGUUCAAAAAUUUAGUAAUCUUUUUUUUUUUUUUUGGUCUCUUGAGAAUAUCCUUAUUGUGUACUAAAAGAUAAAUUGAGUAACAAAUAAUAUUUCUUGCUUACUAUAUUUGACACAACGUGGCAUAAUGUGCUUCAGAGUACUAAAUUGAAAGAAUUACUAAUACGUUCUGUUUUGUAUGAAGUUACCUAAUUGAUAUUUAGCACUCUUUAGUACUGCAAAUGGAAAUUUAAUAAUUUAGUACUUCGUCAAGAAAUUUAGUACUAAAAUUAAGCAGUUCGUUUUUUUUGUAACCUAACUUUUAAGAUACAAAUCUAACUUUAAAAAACGGAAGAAAAGUUACGAUUAUUUGUUCAACGCCAACAUUUUUCUACUCAAAACUGCUAUUUUUCUGUCAACCACUGCACUCUCAUGCUCACAUUUAGUUCUAAUACAUAUAAAAAUGUUUUUAGUAAUAUAAAAUAAUUUUAGGUUAAGUACAAUCGAAAAUCACCUAUAAUAUAUACAUAUACACCAUAACUUUCACCGCUAACUCAAACAAGCACUUACAAAGUAAUCAAUUUGAAAUUCUCGUUUAGUAUAGUAGUACCAAAAUUUUCAAUUUAAUUAAAUCAUUUAAUUUUAGUUUUGAAAAAAUUACUUGCCACUAAUAAUGGCAUACACACAUACAAUAUAUAUCCAAGCAUAUGUAUUAUGAUUUGAAUUAGAAACUGAUAAAAAAAAAACGUGUCUGCAUGUCUAGUUUUUGGUUUAUACCUAAACAUAACAAAACCGAAAAUAUUUUUAGUUUUUUUUUUAAUUUGUAAAAUUUAGUUUUUAGUAUUUACUCACACAUUUAUUGUAUUUGUUUCUAGUUUUAGUUUUACUUACAUACAUAUAUGCAUUGAAUAUGAUUUUUUCACGAAAGUAUUUUUGUUGUAUGAAUUGAAAUGUUUCUUAUUUAAUUUGAUUGGAUUUCUUUAGUACUCGUCUAUUAUUAUGCAUUGUAAAUAAUUUGUGGAAAUUAUUGUGAAAUAAAUUUUUAGCGAAAAAGUAUGCAAAAGACCUACUACAUUUAUUUGAAGCAACAUACCUAAUACCAUACACUACCUAUGUACUAGUUCUGUACAAUUUGGCUAAAACAAAAAAAAGUAAACAUAUAUUUAAAUUACAUAAUUACAUAGUUACAUACAUAUUUCGUGCGUUAAUUAUAUUAUUGAGUACAUACAAUACUAUAUAUUUGCAUUCAAAUUGAAUUGCCAAUUUAUAAUUACGGCUAUCACAUACAUAUAUACAUACUCUCUAGUAUAUAUAUAUACAUAUAUAUAUAUAAAGUAUAUAGUUAUAUUUAUAUAUAUUAAGCAGCAAAUUAAUAAAAGCGAAAAUGUAAUUUUGUACUGUGUUUUUAUUACAAUUAAUCGUAUAUUUGUAAAAAAAAAAAUAAUUAGUGAUUUGUUUUGGUAUUUAGACUGAAGUACAAGCAUAUAUAAUUCCUUAGUUGUAUGUUUGUCUCCUACAUACAUACUGUUGUUGUCUGUUUGGCCUACUGUACAUAUAUAUAUUUUAUUUAUUUAGCUGUUGUUGUUGUGUUGUUAAACAAUUUAACAUUUUCUCUUUAGUAUUUUUAGUAUUGAAAAACCGAAAUUUGGUGAACGACAUUUUUUGAAUAUAUGUAUAUCCCAUUUGAGUAUGUAAUUCAUAGUGAAAAUUAUUGCAUUAGCUUUUGUUGCUCCAUUAAACUUUUGUCAGCAGCAGCAGUGGCGUGUGAAAGGUAAGUGUUCAUAAUAUGUACUUAUUGCAUAUGUAUGGAAUAAUAAGUAUCUACUUGUAGAGGCGUUGGAAUCCUGAGCAAAUAUUCAUAAAAUUUUGUAGAGUAAUGUGCGAAAUGAGUGCAGUUUGUAAAUUACAUUUAAUACAUAUAUAUAUAUAGUUAUGUAUAUUGGUAUUUUCACUUUCCGAAAGCAAAAGGAAGUAUUUAAAUAAAAUGAUAUAAAAAAAUAAUUAAUGCAGUCGUAGUGGAGCAGUUUGCGGCGCCCAGCAGCACCAAAGGACGCAUGCCAGUGAGUGCUAAGUAUGUUUAUAAAAUAUGAUACAUUUAAUUGUAAUUUUGUGAAAUUUCGACAAAACAACCUAUUUGAGUUGGUGAAUAUUUGAUAUAAGCGAAAAAAAUAACAAUUAAAUAUUAUUCUUUUAUAUUAAAACAAAAAAAUUGGAAAUUUUCAUAAUAUUGAAGAAUUUUUAAAUUAAUUUUUUUAUUUUUAAAACACAACAGUUAAAAACAAUAUUUGAAAAAAAUAAUAAUUUUAAUAAUUUCUACAAAAAAUAUUUAUUGAAAAAUUAGUUUAAUAAAUUAUUAGAGAACAAAUAUUUAAACAAAAAUAUACUGAAAAUUCCUUAUAAAUAUAGAAUUAUUAAAAUUGAAUACAAAAAAUAUUUACUAUAAUUUUUUUUUUGUUUUGUUUAAAGCAUUCAUAAUUCAUUUUAUUCAUUUGCAAAUAAUUUUGAAGUUUUUCAGAAAGAAAAAAAAUAUAUCAACAAUCAAUAAUGCCACUAACCUCAAAUAGGUUGUUAGGUCGAACAAAAAAUAAUAAAAACAAUUUUAUAUACCUUAGUACUAGUAGUAUUUAGUUUGAUAGAAUUAGCGUAGUCGUUUGAAAGCAUACAUUUGUGCGAGUUUUAGCAUUAGUUACAUAAUUAUAUGAUUUAAAAAAAAAAAAACCGUAGCUACUUGCCACUAACACUUUGUUGCAUAUGUAUAUUGUUAUUUUUGGUUCUGUACAAAUUAGUUUUAAUUAAAAAGUAUUUAUUUUAGAUAAUCUAGUUUUUAUGUAUGUAUUUAUUGAUGUUUUGUUUUUUUUUAUAUUUUUUUUUUUAUUAUUAUUAUAUUUUUUUUUUAUUAUUAUUUUUAUUUAUUUGUUUUAAAUAUUAUUUUGUGCUUUUUAAAAUCAUAAAAAAUUAUUAUAUAUAUAUUUAUUAUUAAAAUUUAAAUUAUUUCAAUUUUAAACCAAAGACAUUCCACAAAACGCACCGUAAGACAUUCGAAGACUUGUGACCUAAUAUCAAUAUAUAAUUUUUUUUUAACAGAACAGCGUUAUGAAAACACUGCAUUUUAUUAUUAUUUAAGUGAAAUUUUUUAUUUUUUACAAACAAUUUUAUACUCAAUGAGGCAUUGAAAACGUUUUGUUAUGACUUAAACAAAAAAUUUAAGACUUGAUAUAUUAUUUUAAAAACACAUGAUUUUUUUUACAAUACUUCUCAAAUUUGUAUUCGGUAUACUUUUUUUUACAUAUCCACAUACAUAUAUAUGUAUGUGAAUUACACUGUGUCGAAAUCAUAAAUAAUUUCAAUUCAAAAGUGCCAUUUUGAGAGCGAGAAAAACACUAUGGAGACCAAAAUCAAGAGCUAUAAGGAAAAAAAAUAUCUAAAAUAUUUUUCAAAAAUAGCAAAAUAACAAUUUUUACUCAAAUUAAACAGUUUUUAAAAGUUAUAAAUAUUAAAGAUGAUUUUUGUAUAAAUAUAAAUCAUAAUAUUAAAUUUGUGUAAUGGAAAUUUUUCAUUGACAUUUUUUUUCAACUCAUUAAGUCAUGAAAACAAAUUUAUUUUAUAUAAUUUUAUUUAAUGGAAAAUAAUAACUUUUAUUUGAUAGUUUUUUAUUAACUUAAUUCUUGCCACAUUUUAGUAUUUAAAUUAAUACAUUUUUAUCAGCUCAAACAAAAAGUCAUUUGAUAAAACUUAUUAUUAUUAUAACAUCAAAAUAUAUAUAUAUUUUUUUUUAAAUAUUUUGAAUUAUAUAUCACAUCAAACUCCAAUAAAAUAUUCACAAAACAGAAUGAUCUCAUAUAAUUUAAGUUAAAAAUAUUUUUUGUAGUUUUAAGUUAUUUUUUUUAAUAGCUUAUAAUAUAAUUAAGAACAAAAAAUAUAAAUACAAAUAACAAAUGUAAAACACAAAAAAAAAAAACAUUUAUAAAAUUUCUAAUAUAAUUUAUAUUGUUGAUGUCUUUACAAUUAAUUUUUGGCAAAUUAAAAAAAAAAAAAAUAUUUGUUUUUUUAUAAAAAAAUUUAUCUUUUAUAUUUUCAUAAUAAAAAUAUUUUUUAUUAAUUAUAUUCAGCUGCAUUUUACUCUUACGUUUUUGAGUUUUUUAUUUAUUUCAAUAUGUACAUACAUAAAUACCCAUACAAUAUUUUCUCUUAUUAUAUUUUCUUGUUUUUAAAAAUUUAGCAUUUUUAUGCCAUUUUCGUUUAAAGCCGAAGUCAAAAGCUCUUUUCGCUGGCUAAAGUUUGUUUCGAUUUAGUUGUAAUAGCUCACUGUAUAUUGUAAACCGUUCGUUUUUUUUUUCUAAUAUAGCUCCGUUACUUUUGAUAGUUUGAAAGUUAGGCAUGCCUGUUUAUAUAAUCCCAAUUAUUUAUAGAAUAUGGAAAUAUAGAUAUUCAGAUUUUUCUAUAAGCAAAUCAUAUUAAUCAAACAUAGAAUAACCUUCACGAGUGGUAAAAAGUGGCGAAUUAUUGGAGAAAGCGCGAUGACUAACCGAAGUGGUAUUCUACUUUCUGAAGACAAAGAAAUUUCUCCAAAGUGAAAAUGGUUAACCACACUACUCAUCAUAGUAUAUACAAUAUAUAUUAAUUUUGUUCAUUUAUAGAUGAUUUUGGUAUAAAAGUUAAAAAAUUAAACUAUGAAAAUAUUUUGAAAAAAAGCUUUGACAUAUGUAUAUAUAUAUAUAUUUUUUUUAAAUAUUUUAGUACAAAUUUUUCUUAAAAGAUUAGAUAAAAGACUUUUCCACAUAGUUGCAUCCAAUUUCCACUUCGAACAAUGCAUUACAUAUUUAUAUUACGAGUAGUAGUUUCAUAAAAACUAGAUUUAAAAAAUUAUUUAAAUAAAAAAAUAUUUUGCAACCCCAAAAAGCAUUUAUUAGACUUGCUUGCUUUAAUAUAAUAAUAAUAUUCAUAGAUUAGCUACUUGCAUAUGGUUGAAAAAAUAUCAAUUUUCAUCAAAUAUAUACUUUGAAAACAAUAUUUAAGUCUUCAACAACCAAAUAUGAAAAUAUUCUCAUAAAUUUAUCUCCCUUAUAAUUUCAUUCAUAUAAGAAAUAGUAGUUUAGUUGGAGUAUGGAAAAAUUUAAGAAAUAAAUAAAUUAUCCAUAUUCCAUACAGUUACUUUCAUUAUACCGUUAAACUAUAUCAAAACAUUUUGGCUAUUUUCACAAGAAAAUUGUAGAGUAGAUGACAUACAACAUUUUCGAAACAUAAUUAUACAUAAUAAUAUUUAUAUAUAUAUGACAAAUAUUAUCCUUAAUAUUGCUCAAAAACAACAGCAACAUAAAAAAAUAACUAAACUAUAGAUUUUCACAGUAUAUUAAAAUAUAUACAAAAGUACAUAGUUACAAAAACCCAUUUCCACUUGUGCAUUGCCCCAAAUUAUUAAAAAAAAAGAAAAACAAAUUAAAACUUUACUAUAGUAUCACAUCGUAUGACAAUAAGCUCAACUGUGUUUCAAGAAAAUAUUAGAUGACCUAACAGUAUUUAGAAGAAAACAUUUAUAGGUUAUAAAAUAAAUUGGAAACUAGUUUUUGAAACAAAUAAACGAGUUCAGAAAAAUACUUAAAUGUAAAAACAAAAAUAAAUUAAGGGCGGUAGUAGUUUAAACAAUAAUCAUAACAAUUAAAUCUUACGAAAGUAAGUAGAUAGUGGAACUAAUUAUGGAACCACAUGUAAAGUAGUUAUGAAACCUUUAUGAAAUUGUUCAGGUUACUACGACAUAUGCAUAUAGAUAUUGGCACAUAAAAAUAUGUAUACAACAAACGGACGAAUGGACGAUUUUAUCGGUGGUAUUACGAAAUCAUUCUAAAACACACAGCGACUUCAUUGAAAUUCAAAAAAAAAAGAAUACUUACUCUUUUGACAUGAAAAAACUUCUCAUAAUUAAAAAAAAAUUUACUAAUAGUUCAAAAGUAGUUUCGUUAAAAUGUUGAAAUUGUUUUAGAAUCUCAAUUUGAAACGAGGCAUUAUCACUUUAAAUACAAUCAGCUUAAAUUCACAAACAGAUAUGUUUUUUUAUUUCACUGAAGUCGAUGUUGUAUUUGUUCGACAACUCACUUCAUACAAACAUUUUAUAAUAAACUAUACUCAGACAGCCAAGUUUAUAGAGUAUCCCAGUGAUGUUUAGAUAGGCCAUCUAACUCUUAAUCAAAAAUAAUAGAAUUCAGAAUACCGCUUAGGUAGAGUUAACUUUAUACUCUGGUUAUGAAAAAAAUGUAUGACUAUGCUGUAAAUUGAAGUUAAUGAAAUAGUAUGUACUAACACAUAUCUCUCAAAAGCUAAAAAUUUUGAAUUUGAAAACGUAAAUAACCUCAAAAUCCUCAAAUUGAUAUACAAACUUAAGAUAAACAGAAGUUUUAUUAAAAACUAAACAAAACAAAAACAAUUCGGUAAACAAAACAAAAUAAUAUCAACGUAAAGUGUUGUGCAAAUAUAUUGGCCUUCUUCAUAUGCAAACAUACUUAUGGACAUGCAUCAAAUAUAAUAAAAAAAAAAAUUAAAGUAAUGUCUUCAAAAAAAAAAAUAUAUAUAUAUAUAUAUAUACGUAUAUUAAAGCAGUUAUAUUGAUUUGAAGUUAAUUUCUGACUGAAUGCAAAGUAACAACGAAAAUUUUAGAAAAAAAAUUAAAAUUAACUUAGCUAAAGAAUAAAAAAAAAUUAACGGUUUACAUAUAUAUACUUGUGAAUAUUACUGAGAAAAUUGUAUACUCAAACGUAUAAAUCGUAUAAACAAAAGGUCUUCCUAUAUGACGGUAUUUAAUUAAUUAGUAAUUAGUGAGCAAACUAGAUAUAUAUAAAAUGAUAAAAAAAUAAAUUUUCUCGUAAAUUAAAAAACUUAGAAGGCAUGAAUUUUUUUUUAAUUAAGUCUACAUAUAAACAGUUAUUUGCUGUAAGUUUUGUUUUUGACUUAGGUAUACCAAAAGUAUUACGUAUAUAUAAUUUUCAUACAGAAUUGUAGUCAGUCAUCUAUAGUCUGUAGUCUCCCAAGACUGGUAGAACCUUUUUUUGAGGGUUAAUCUACAUAAAUAUAUAUAUUUUUUUUUUUCAAAUUAGUAAUUACUUUCGACCCGAAAAGAGCUUUCGGCUUGGCUUUAAGAUAUUUUUCUUUAAUAUUUUAUAGUCCUUUAUACAGCAUUUUGGUGUUUUUGUUUCAAAGGUUUACAAUUGUAUAAUUUUUUUCUCAGAUUGUUCAUGUUUAAUGUUUAAACACACUCACUCAAGCUGACGGCAAAUGUAUGUAUGUAAAUAACGAGAAAUCCAUACAGUAUUUGAAAAUACAUCUCUCUAUUAUCAUUGUCAAUUACUUGGUAACAAUAUUACGAUAUCAAUGCGUACUGAAGUGUAGACGCGACAUUAAUUCAAAGAAACACUGCGCGACACAAAUUCAACUACAUACACUAUAACAUACUAUAUAAAAAUACAACCGACAACCAUAUCUGGAAAAAUUUAACUGCAUAUUUUUACUAACUAAUAAUCCUACAUUCAUACUAAAGGUUUAUAACAGUGCAGUUGAGGUCUCAGAACAGAAAGGAAAAAUCAGUUGGUGAAAAAAUAUAUAUUAGAGCUUGGAAAUGGUAGAUAUUUAUAGUAGUUUGCUCAGUGUAAACUGGGCAUUAUAAGUCAUGAGAUAAAAUUUAAAGAAAAUAUAAUACAAUAAUUAAAGCAAUUCGUUUCUUGGAAAUAUACUUAAACUAAGUUAAAGCUAUUUUGUUAUAGAUUAUUAAAUGUUAUAAGCUCACAAUAUAUAAUUCAUUUUAAUUUCAAUUCCAAAACGUUCAAUAAUUGAUUUGAAUAAACGAUAAAAUAAGUGAACUGUGUAUAACUUAUACAUACCAGUAAAUAUUUAUAAGUUAGUUUUAAGCUAUAAAUGAAAGGAUAUCAAAAAAGAGUAAACAAUAUUAUAUUGAAAAAAAUACAAAUAAAUAUUACAUGCUAUUUAUGCUCCUUUUCAAUGCCAUUAACCAGGCAAAUCAUUCAACACACAGAAAAGGUUUUAUAAAAAAAUAUGUUUUCCAAAAGGCUUCAAAGUAAAAUCCUAAACAAAAAAACAUGCGCCAGUCUCCCUCUAAUUUGGCCCCUUUUAAAAGUAUUGCUCUAAUAAAAUUUGUUCAUUUGUUACUCGAUAUACAUAAUUAAAUGUAAAAUGAUUAAACUAAAUAAAAAUAAAAAAAA